GUCACUAGUUUCUCUUAUGUCAUUCGCCGGUAAAAAAAUUGACAUAAGUUUUGAGGUUAGGUAAACGUGAAAAAUUGUGUAAUAAAGAAAAAUGAUUUCGUCGAAAAUUUUGGCGCGUUUUGUGCACCUACAGGGCCCAUAUCUGGCUGCGGAAAAAUCCUUGUUAGCAACCCUUAGGAAGAAGACAGGAUACACGUUUUCUAAUUGUAAAAAAGCUCUGGAAUUGCAUAACAAUGAUAUAAAACAAGCGGAAACUUGGCUUAGACAACAAGCACAGACCUUGGGGUGGGCUAAGGCCACGAAAUUGGAAGGCAGACAGACCUCUCAAGGUUUAGUUGGACUAUCUGUUAACUACAAAAAUGCAGCCUUGGUUGAGGUCAAUUGUGAGACAGAUUUUGUUGCUAGAAAUAAAGAGUUUCACAAAUAUGUCGAAGAGGCAACUUUGAGUUGUUUAAAUUUUGUUCAAACACAGCCAGAGGAUAAAACCAUAAAGAAAAUUACUUUAAACAGUGAACAAAUGAAAGCGUUUUUAGCAACUGAUGGCAAGUCGUUGGCAGACCAUUUAGCCUUGAUGAUUGGAACAGUUGGUGAAAAUGCAUCCUUGAAAAGGGGGUUUUGUGUUAAAGCUCCAAGUGACGUUCAUUUGACAGGUUACGUCCAUCCUUCAGGCAAUGAUGGUUCGGUUUUGCUCGGAAAAAUUGGAGGUUUGGUUGCUUUAAAACCGUUGUCUUCGAAGAAUCUAGAUUUAGAUGAUAUUGGUAAAAAGUUGUGUCAGCAUAUUGUUGGCAUGAACCCCAAGAAAAUUGGUACAUCUGAUGAUGAACCAGCAAAAGACAAAGAGGAGGAAGUGUGUCUGAUUCAUCAGGAGUUCUUGCUUGAUGACAGUAUAACAGUAAAACAAGUUUUAGACGAGUAUGAAAUUGAGGUGGUUGAUUUUAAGAGACUUGAAUGUGGAGAGGGUACAGUUGAAAAUGUGAAUCAGCCUUUAGAGUUAUUAGAGACUUGUCAGUAGUUUUUCUAAAUUUGUUAUUAAAUAAAAUAAGUAGUUUUAA